AUGAGUACUGAGGACAUCCUUACUACUCUCAAAACGAAUGUUAUCAUGAACUUCGUCAUCGUUUCCACUGCUACCCUCAUUUCAUUCGACCACUUGAUAACUAUACAGCAGGAGCUAGAUCUCUUUUGGAAGAAACGGGUGACCUUAUCCUCCAUACUCUUCUGUUUCAAUCGCUAUACGGCGAUUGUCUACUACGUCGUUAUGCUCCCCAUCCGUUUCUAUCCUUCAUUCACUCACGAGUAUGGCCCGUUCACGUUUCAGCUGGCCGCUCACGUUAAGCAAUCUCUAGAUGCCUUGUAA